GGGGUCUUCAGGCAGCGCUGAGGGCCGCUUGUGGCUGGUGACCACGAAUUUACGAUGUCACCUCCCUGCUUGGUUCUGCUGUGUUUCUCCAGGGGUGCCCAGCAGAGGGAACCCAGGCACAGAAAAGGGAGGUAAUUGGGUCCACCCAGGGUGAGAGGCUUUUAGGCUGGUUUGCCAGAAGCACAGUGGGGCGAGAUCAUUUAAGACGUGAGCCAGAGAGUGGUCUGAAUUCAUGACCCGUGGAUUUGCACUGGACGGGGGCUGAGGUUGGAGAGCUGGUGAUGGAGUAACUGGCAGGACUGCUGUGGAGGCCUCUACACUCGGCCCGCCCUCCUGCUCAGGCGGACCCCGGGCCCAUCCACCUGGUGGCUCUGACUCCCGGGUGGAGGUGGCUGCCCGGUCUGCAUCUGACACCCUUUCGUGGGGCCUGCACGUCACACUUACAGGUGCGGCUGCCUGCUGGCCGUAGCCAUGGAGAUGUGCUGCAGACACCUCCGGCUGCGCUUGCCUGCAAUUAAACUUCUCACCCCGUUUCUCCCUGGUAGGGCCGGGAUCACCUACCCAAGCCGGGGGAGAGAAGUUAUCCCGGACUCCUCUCUCUCCCCCCACUUCUCCUUCCCCCGUACUCCCUGCACACGUGUCAGAUCCACACGUGUCAGAUCCACACGUGAUUUUACCACCACCGCUCACAUCCCACCUGCCCUUGGGUGGCUUCUGGUGACGUGAUUCAGGCUCCCUCAGUAGUGUGGCAGCCCCCUAGAGGAGGUGAGGUCCAGCAUAGUGCUGGAGGUAGAGCAGAUUGCCCAUAUUAUGCUAAAGCAGAACUUCUGGCAGACUAUUUACAAAAGAACCUUCCUGAUUUUCGGAUACAUAAAAUUACACAGCAUCCUCAUGUUUGGGAGGAGUGGCUGGAACAUUUGUGUGAAAAGAAUAAGUGGAGUCACACAACGUCCCCCAUCAUCUGGAGAGAGCUGCUGGACCGCGGAGGAAAGGGCAUGCUUUUGGGGGGCUAUAACGAGUUCCUGGAGCACGCCCAGCUUUACUACAGCGUCACCUCCAGCAUGACGACCGAGCUGAUGAAGACGAUUGCCCAGGAGAACCUGGAGACACACAUAGAGAAGGAGCUGGAGGGAGAGUCCCUGAAAGGCCUCCUCGGCCCCUUGCAGGUCUGGAUCACCAGUGCAUCUGCUCCUGCCUGCUACAACCUGAUCCCCAUCUUGACCAGCGGUGAAGUGUUUGGAACACAAACGGAAAUUAGCAUAGUUCUAUUUGACAAUAAAGAUGCAGAAGAAAAGCUCCACAUCCUCGCGUCAGAGACUCACGACCUGGUGUCGCCCUUCCUCCGGAGCAUCUCCGUCUGCACCAGAGUGCAGGAGGCCUUCCGCCAGGCCCACGUGGUCAUCGUCCUGGACGACAGCACCGACAAGGAGGUGUACACUCUGGAAGAGUGCAUCCGGAGCAGGGUCCCGCUCUGUCGGCUCUAUGGGUACCUGAUCGAGAAGAACGCCCAUGACUCUGUCCGAGUUAUCGUGGGCGGAAAGACCUUCGUGAAUCUUAAAACGGUGUUGCUGAUGAGAUACGCCCCAAGCAUCGCACACAACAUUGUCGCCGUGGCGCUGGGGGUGGAGGGCCAGGCCAGAGCUGCGCUGGCCAGGAAGCUGAGGACCACGCCUGCAUCCAUCAAAGAUGUGAUCAUUUGGGGGAAUAUCAGUGGAAACAACUACGUUGAUCUGAGAAAAGCCAAGGUUUACAGAUAUGAGAGUGCUAUUUGGGGCCCUCCGUACUUCUCACGCCCUGUCUUGAGCUUGAUUUUUGAUAGUGAGUGGGUGAACGGAGAAUUUGUGACAACUCUGAAAAAGCUGACGGCCACGGGACAGCAACUUAGAGGCAUGUUAACCGCACACAGCAUCGCCACCACGCUGAAGUACUGGUACCACGGCUCCCCGCCGGGCGAGAUUGUGUCACUGGGCGUGCUGAGUGAAGGCCAGUUCGGUGUUCCUGAGGGAAUCGUCUUCUCCAUGCCUGUGAAAUUUGAGAAUGGAACCUGGAAGGUUCUUACAGAUCUCAAGGAUGUUGAAAUAAGUGAAAAAAUAAUGACCAGAAUGACAAGUGAUCUGAUCCAGGAGAAACUUGUUGCACUUGGAGAUUUGAUAAAUUUUCAGCCGUACCAAUCAGAAGCUGACGUAGCAUUAAAAAAUCAAAAGACCGCCUUACCCACCACAGAUGACAACCAGGAAAAUCAAAGAACUUCAGAUGAACAUCAAGAUAGCGUGUCUUCUGAUCUAAUCCAAGAUGAAGAAAAAGAUGUCGUUAUGUCAAAUGAUGUAGAUUCUUCAGAUCUGAUUCCUCAAACCAUCUCUGAAAAGCCACGCAGUCAAGAACCCACAAAUGAUUCUGAAGGCAAAAGUGUGGAACAGCAACAGAUCACACUAGACCAACUAUAAAAUUACUUGGUAAUGUAAUUAAAUACAGGAAGACCCAUGAGUGUCUGUACUUAAGGAAGAACAAUUUGAAAGAUUUGCUUCAGUCUUAGAUCAGAUUAUGCUAGACAAUUAAACAACAGUGACAACACACACAGAAAGUCAACGUGCAAUCACCUGUUACCUGGAUCCACUCAUAUGUUUGCUUUGACUGCAUUUUACCAUACAUUGUUUGAUGUCGGUUGCUGUUUUCCCAACUACAUUAAAAUACAGUUGUCAGUCAUGGCCUCCUGGCCUAUGCAUCCUCCUGAGAGAGCCUCUUCCUCCUGACCUCCUUGGCCUCCACUGAUUGGGCCAGAGUAGACACACCUUACUCAAGGAGAACCAGUCAGGUUUUCUCUUGCUCUCCCAAAACGUCUGAACUGAGAAAGUGGGUGAGUAAGUUGGUGUCGGAGUGAUGGGGAUGGCAGUGAGCUGGAGAAGGCACGGGUCGCCUGUGAGGUCUGCAGGGCUGGCCAGGCUCACCGCCCUUGCGAGACGUGGCUGCUGCUGCUCUCCCUUGGGUUUGCUUGGUGUAACUAUCUUUACAAUAAAUCACUCUUUUACUUUAGCUUAGAGUGAAUAGGUUCUAGGUCUUGACACCAGCUGUGGCCUGAAUAAACUGAAUUUU